CAGUGCCUCACGGACGACGUGGGCGGACGCACGCGCUGCAAGAGACGGCGCGACCUCCGACCGGCGGCCGCGGCCGCGCCAUGCCCGCGCUGGCCUUGCGCGACCAGCCGCUCGACUGCUCCAUGCGCCUGCGCGACGUGCCAGCCUGGCCGCCGCCGCCUCGCCACGUGUCGGGCCGCGGUGACGUCAGCGGCUUCUUCAACACUCAGAUGGUGCUCGACCUUAACGAGGAAUCCGGUGAUCUCAUAAAGUCGCCCUCCCCGCCGCCCAGCCAUGACGGGUCGGCGAGCGGCGAGGGCGAGCAGAGCGGCGACGAGCGGCCGCCCUCCGCGCCGCUGCCGCUGCCCAUGCACCGCGCGCCGCACGCCGCCGCCACCGCCGCCGUGCUGAACGCAGCGGGCGCAGGCAACGCGCUAGCGCAGCUGCAACACUUGUUGCUGACGCAGCACGGCGCACACUCUCUCCUAUUGCACACACAGGUGCAGCAGGCAGUCGCUCAGGCCGCAGCGCAACAGCUGCAGCAACUGCAGGCCAGAGCCAACGCCGCACCCCCCACUGCCGUUAUAUGGAACGUUCGUUGCGAUGUUGCAGACACCCGGUCGCCGUCCCCGCGCGGGUCGCCGCCGGGCGCGGCCGCGUUCCUGACGCCGCACACGCCGGGGCCAGGCCGCGCGCGCUCGCCGCACGCACAUGCGCACGCGCUGCACACGCACACGCACACGCACGCGCACGCGCACACGCAGGCGCACUCGCCGCUGCACGCGCACGCGCACAAGCCGCGCGCGCUCGACCCCGCCGACGACACAGCCGACUUAGAGGAGCUCGAACACUUCGCCAAAACAUUUAAGCAGCGUCGGAUCAAAUUGGGUUUCACACAAGGCGACGUGGGCCUGGCGAUGGGCAAACUGUACGGAAACGACUUCUCGCAAACGACCAUCUCGCGCUUCGAAGCGCUCAACCUGAGCUUCAAGAACAUGUGCAAGCUGAAGCCGCUGCUGCAGAAGUGGCUGGAGGACGCGGACUCGUCGCUGAGCGGCGGCGGCGGCGGCGCGGCGCUGGGCGCGGGGCUGGCCGAGGCCGUGGGGCGGCGCCGCAAGAAGCGCACCUCCAUCGAGUCGGGCGUGCGCGUGGCGCUCGAGAAGGCCUUCCUGCACAACCCCAAGCCCACCAGCGAGGAGAUCGCCGCGCUCGCCGACUCGCUCUGCAUGGAGAAGGAGGUCGUGCGCGUCUGGUUCUGCAACCGCCGCCAGAAGGAGAAGCGCAUAAACCCACCGGCGGGUGAGGGCGGCGCGGGCGGCGCGUCGUCGCCGAGCGGCGCGCUGCUGCCCGCGCUGCACGCGCUGCACGCGCACGGGCCGCACGGGCCGCACGCGCCGCACGCGCCGCACGGGCCGCACGGGCCUCACGGGCCCGCCGCCGCGGCCGCACACGCCGCCUUCCAGGCCGCCGCGCUGCAGCCGCUGGCGCUGCUGGCGCGCGCGCCGCGCGACUGACGGUCACAUAUCCUGUAAAUACGAGUCCGCGCCGCUCGACCCGUGCAGUGCGUUGAACACUACGUGAAGCUGAUUAGUUGUAAAACUGAAGAUUAUUUAUAAAUAUUGUACAGAAUCUUAAAGUUCAUGUUAUUUUUUAUUUCUAUAUUGCGUAACGAAUUUUAUAUUGUAUAGUGACGUCUGUUAUAUCUGUGAAUGUAUCGUCGGUCGGUAGACGCAAGCGUGGUAUACGAGCCGCGGCCGGCUAGCGGCGUAGUUAGCGAUAAGAUAGGACAUAGUAUCGAAUUAUAUUUAUGUGGGGCGGGGGCGGGGGCGAGCCCGCCCGCGGCCUCCGCCCUCCUGUACAGAGCUCAUAUCACUUAGCGCGAGACGCGAACGUAAGGUGGAUGUGUAGAAAACUGUCUAUAUGUUAUAAUAAAACAUUAUAGAUUUAAA